CUCCGUACACAAAAUUCGGUGCGUCUGCAUCUCAGGUGCCAAAAAAGUGAGCAAGUGACGCGCGAAGACCUCAAAACUUGUUCGCGCGGACGGUUUUUCAUCGAGUGAGUGUCCACUGGGAAAAGUUUGCAAAUAACAGUCCCAACUUUGCUGUAGUAGUGCAUUUCCCAUUUCGAUAAAUUUACUCUACAGAAGGAAAACCACAACCCGACCACCCUCACCCUAAUCCAGCCUUAGCUGGGAACGUGAAGCUUCCUCUACGACUGCAGUACAUACGAGUAUAUUUCAUUCGCGUGAGGCGCUCUUGCCACCCCCUCGCACCAUCACCUUCAGCCUCCACAAAAACUUGCUUUCCCACGAGCGAGUGUGGAAAGCUUGAGAAAGUUUUUAUCGCGAUUUUGUCGGCGAUUUCGUCGUUCUCGUCGCUACGAUUUGAGUUGGGGUGAAUUGAAUGGGUCGUAAGGUGGCCAGUGGGCGCUAACGUUCCGUAUUGCACACGACAGCAACAACGACCUUGGUGUGGCCUGGGGCUCCGUGGCAUUGCAUUCGAAAUCACAGUGAAAAGCUUUGUGGGAAACGAGUGUGUGCGUAAAUGGGGAUUCCUGCAAUUUUGACUAAAGGGAAAAGUUGUAUCUGUUUAUGUGUGUGAGUGCGUGUAGGUUUUCGAGCGCAGGCGGUCAGUUCUAAGUGCGGAUUUGAUUCCGGUCGGAAAGCUUUACGAGGGAUGAUUUCCUCCUGGUUGUGAAGAGAUUCUCUACUACGAUACGAUAUUCCAACGGUGUUCCCGAUUUCGACUACAACGUUCAAGAUCUACGCUAUUUCCAUAAAUAUAUUUAAGGAAUUGGAAAAUACCUCAACUCUACACCAAGUUUAAAGGGCAAAAGUAAAACUCAGACUAACUCAAAAUGGCUGCGUUCGUUGCAAAGCAGAUGGUCGGCAAUAAACUUAGUGCUGUAAAAGGCGCAGUUGGUGGUGAUGGCGGUGAUGACGGUGAUGAUAAGGAGAAGGCUGAGGAGGAGGAGAGAGAGCGUCAGGAGGCCAUUCGUGAGGCCGAAGAACGACGCAAGGAAAAGCAUCGCAAAAUGGAAGAGGAAAGGGAAAAGAUGAGACAAGAGAUUCGUGAUAAGUAUAACAUAAAGAAGAAGGAAGAGAUCGUGGAAACGCAACAAGAGGAACCAAAUCCCCUGAUGCGAAAAAAGAAAACGCCCGAGGAACUUGCUGCGGAGGCGGAACAGGAAGACUUAGAUGAUUUCACAAAGCUGAAAAAUCAGAUAGAAACACAAGUAAACGAGUUAAAAACACAAAUAGAAGGAAAAUGUGUAAUGCAGUGAUAUGCCAUUAAUAUUAACAAUAACAACAUCCUUCAUACAACUCACUACAUUUCAAAACCAGUAACAAAAGCAACAAAAACAUCCUUCCCGGCAUACACCAACAACAGUACUGUUCAAACACCUAGAAGCAUGUAGUGUGUAACAUCAGUGUAGUAAUAAACAGACACAUAACCAUAAAAUUAAAGAUAAUGCAAUAUCCGACAAGUAAAAAUAAGGAUAAACGAAGAAAUCAGAACAGGAAAAUUGGAACUAACGACGAACCAGAAAUUAACAUACACAACAGAAAAUCUUAUUAUCGCUUUUGUACCAAGAUGCAAAUAGACAUGUAGAACCGAAAACGCCGCCACUGGCAGAAUAGCUUCGCGUAUCAACAGCAACCGACUUUGGGAGCCACUCCCAAAGCAUCAGGACAACUUCUACUUCAAUUUGCUGAUUUCACCAACACCCGACCUAGCAGCCGAUCUACUUAAUUUCGAAAAUUGUUUUAAAAAUGAACAGAAAGCAACAUACGAUCUGGAAAAUUCUAAAUCUAUUUGAACACGUUUUUCUUCAUACUUCCUCUAACUAUACAUCUAUUUCUACUUAAAACAACAACAACUACUACUUCUACUACUGCUACUUCCUCCGCCUGUUAUCAGUGUAGUUUUUAAAAAGAAUAAAGUUAUAGUUUCAUCCCAAUACUCUACGAAUCAAAAGAAACAAACAUACAAUAACACUUUUUCGACCCGUCAAUGCAAAGUUUAAAAAAAAAAGUAAAUAUAUAACAGUCUGUUCCGAACUGAAACAUAUGUUUUUAGUUCGAAUUGAAAAGCCGAAAAAUUUGAGCGGAUUGUUCUCUGAAAACUACCUUUCCUAAACCAGCUCAUAUCCAGGCAUCACUCAAAUGACAAAUAGAAACUGUAGAAAAUUCCAAUUUCAUCACUUUACAUAGCAAGAAAUAAAAAAAAAACAAUAUGUGUGUCAAUUAUAACAAAAGAAAAAUAAAUAUUUAAUUACAAAUUACAACAGUAUAUAUUUAACAUUGAAACAUUUCAAAUAUAUUUAUCUUAUUGUCCUAUUAUUGAUUAUGAUUGUUGGAAAACAAGCAAAUAAAUAUUUAAAUCUUUACCACACAAUAAUACUUAAUAAUUAUUCAUAUUUAGUAUGUACAUGGUAUUUAAAAACAAAUAGUAAACGAAUCGUUUGAAACAAAAUUAGGGAAACAUAUAAAAGAGGGAACUAUAUUAUUACAUCAAUAUUACAUAGUUUUAUUAAACAAAAAAUUUUGUAUAACUUGCAGAGACAGAAAACAUUUAAAUAAUCCAAGUUCAGUUUUAUCUCUUCAAAUUAGUUUUAUAAUUCAAGCUAUUUUUCGAAUACAUUAGGUGAAGAGUUGAAUAAAUGUAAUUUUUUGAUACACAUACAUACACCUGAGAGAAAAACUACCGACGGGAUUACAAGAACAAUAAAAAUAGUAAAUGCAGUCAAUACAAACUACACAUAUAUUAUCCGGUAUUAUCUAUCUAAUUUCUUAAAAAAAAACUAAAUCCUGCUUUACAUUUUCUACUCACUUCUCUUCAAUUAUUUGUCUUUUCAAAGAAAUAUCCCAGAUUAUUUCUCUUUUCUGUCGCUUUGCCUCCCUUUUCAUGUAUCUACUUUUAAACCUUCUCUCUCUCUCGCAUGCUCUUGUGAAUAACUAUGAUGUUAAAUCUACCAAAUUUCCAUAUAAUAACGAAGCACACCUGACAAUGAAACCUGCUAAUCGAAAUUUUGAAAACAUUCUUUCCAAAAUAAGAAAAAAAAAACACAUUUUAUGGGCAUUUACACACACUCAUAUUUAGAUCUGAUUCACAUUUAUAAAAAUUCGAAAGCCUUAAAAUCAUUUUCGAAUUAUUCGUAAAACUAAACUUCCUGACGAAGCUUAGCUUAAUAAAAAAGCGGACACUUCUUAUGCAUUGAUAAUUCACGAAAAAAAGUAAUAAUAAACAAUAAAAUGCAAAUCGUAGCUGUGAAAAUAAAUGUAUGUUUUAAUCGUUCAUUGAAACUUGAAAAGUUUUUGUCUAAAAUUGCUCUACAACUUUUUAUUAUUUAUGAUUCAAGUUAUGGUUUAUAUUUUUCAAAGAGACCAUUUUUUUUCUGUUUGUUACAAUUAUAAAUAAAUAAUAUAAUGUGCGACAAUAAAUUAUCGCUAGCAUGUACUUAAAAAAAAGAACAUUUUUAUGUUGAAAUAAAAUAUUCGCUGAUGACAUUAUAGUUCAGUUUUACAUUCUUACUGCAGACUUUUGAAAUAUUUAUGGCACUUUAUUUACAUGCGCUUUAUAUAUCUAAGCGAAAUAUGUAUGUUACUAUACUAUAUAUUGAAAUAUGUGAAAAUAUAUAUACUCUACAUAAAAUACAUGUUACAUCGAUGUAUUUAUGAUAUCUCUAUAUGUAUAAAUGUAUGUGCUUUAAAUAUCUUCCAUCUUCUAAGUGUACUUUCAGUGUCGUUAUCUCUUUUUUCCUAAUCGGUGUUUCCUCUUUCAAAUGAUAAUGGUAAAAUAUUAUUUUUGUUAACCAAUAUCCUGCUUUUUGCGUGAAGGCGAACAAAAAACAUCUAAACUUUUUGGUUAAAAUUGAAAUGUGCAAAUAAUGCAUAAAUUAAAGUUUAUGUCCGUGUUAUCGUGUCACUUACUUCAGGACAUAAGUACUACACAAAUUUAAGCGAAAGGUAAGUAAUAUAAGCAUUUUUUAUUGUAUUAUUUCAUAAGAAACAAAUUAAUUUUAAAUUGGUUUGGUGAUCACAAUUGGAUAAUUAUGAAUUUUUCUUCCUUCUCUUAUUAUCGCGAAAUCGCGUCACUUAUUAAAUUUUGUUGAUCGUUAAAUUAAAAACAUUUAAACGUAUUGGGAGAUUCUAUUUUUUGCUACCUUACAACUUACGCAGAAGUAGAUGAGCACGAGGAGAUAAUUAAGCUUGAAAAUUACCUCUUGUCUAUAUUUUUCGUCUAUUGGAGAAGAAACCUUCAUUAUCUUUCGCAAGUAGUGACCAUAUGACGACACAAGGUGCAGGAAGCCAUUUUCAGUCUUAUUUGCUCCACCAUAAUGUGACUCGCUUCAAUGUAAGUACCUUUCAUUUAAAAGAAUUCGAAAUAAAAGGAGUUCAUGAUUAUUAAAGAAUUGUUAUUUUACUAUGACUCAAUAAUGAGAAAAAUUUGGAGUUUGGAUGAAACAAAAACUAAAAUAAUUUGGUUAACGAAUAUUAAUCCUUUUUGAAAAUAUUUAAGACAACCUCUUGAGAACAACAAAUAUUUAAACCAUUUACGAAAGUGUUUUCUAUUGGGGAAAUAGAUGGGUAAAUGGUGAUUUAGCAACAAUUUUAUAGUUGAUCCUGGUUUGUAAACUCACGAGGUCAUAUAUACUUACAUGAAACGUGAAAACGUAUCUUCAUCGAAAUAAUUGAGAAAACUCUCAUAAACAUUAAUCAUUAUAAAUGCCUUUAAUAUUAUCUCCAGUAUUUUUAACGAAAAGUGUAUUCAAUAAUUCACCUUUACCUUAGAUGUUACCGUAUCCUAUUUCAGAAAAAUUUAAGGAAAUAAAUGUGGAAUGUAAAGUCUGUUCGUACAAAAGCUUAAUUAGAGGAAAACGAACUUUUCGAACUUUUAACUUAUUCUACUUCAUAAAUAUUACACAGGAAAUAUCAACCCAAACGAAAAAAAGAUACUGAAUAUCAAACACUGAAAGACCCAUUUAUAUAAUCAUAUUUGAAUCGUGUAUUACAACCAAAUAUUUACAUCUAAGUACAUGAUAAGCAACAACAAAUUCACGAGACAACGACACUAGUACAUUUAUAUUAUAUAGAAGCUAAAACUUAGAAUGUAAACCUCGAAAUAUAACAGAUUAGAGAUAAUUUUCACUGUUGGUUUUUUGAGAUGGAAAAUUUCAAUCUCAAUAAAAGUGUUCUAAAUUUUCAUGGUCCUUUGUAGGAAUUAACUUCUUUUCCAUUUGAUUAUUUUCAGUCUUGAAAGAUAUGUAAAAAGUUUUAGGGCAACUUUACGAUAGCACUGAAUUAUUAUCGUUAAAAAGCUAUUAAUAUAAUAAAAUGCACACUGGACUCUAUAUAUGCACAGGUUUAGUAAGUUUGUGUGCCUCUUUAGAGAGAAAUCAGGCAAUACUUAACAUACACGAGCACACAAACCAACAACAUUUGUGAGUGUAUAUAUAAAUAAAGUGAUGACGAUAUAUGUAUAAUAAAGAGUAAAGAGGGCGGGAAGUAUUGUUAUUUAGAGUGUUAAGGAAAAAUAUUAUUAUUAGGAAGAACAUGCAGAGAAAAUACACUUUGUUGAUACAUUUUAGACAACCAUUGAAGAAAAAAAAAUAUUAGAAAGUUCUUUUUGCUUACGCAUUCUUCAAACUUCGAGAAUUUCGUUCGCCAGCAUUUUCCUUGGCCUCGAUUGUUAUCAAAGCAUCGAUCGAUAAUGAACGCGCUUAAGUUUUAGACAAGCUAUUGCCAUUAUUUCGAACAGUUCGUUUCUAUACGAAAUGAACCCAAAAAUAGUGGCCGCAUUAAAAGCAAGUUUAAGAUUGUUGAAAAAAUCAAUUAGCGUUGCUUUUUGACCUCUGUUGUAAUUCAAAAUUUAAAAAUAAAAAAUAAAAGCAUAAAAAAAAGGUUAAAUCUUGAAAAAAUAAAGAAACGUAGAAUUAGUGUAAAAUAUAGGUAAAAUGAAAUGAAAAGAUGAAAAAAAUAAAAUAGGAACCUUAAGGUCUAUAUUAUGUUGAUAGACCGACUGAAAAGUUGUUAAAAUUUAUUAAACAUUAACAUGAAAACUGCAUAAAACAAUAUUAUAUACUUAUAUACAUUGAAAUUAUAUAUAUAUAUAUAUAUUUAAAACAAAUUGUAAUUCGGAACGAAAUUCAUAUUCCAGCAGGUCCUUAGCGAAGUAAAACAAACAACAAUUCAUUCUCAUCUAAAUUGGUUGAGUCGAUACAUCCCUCUUACUCACAUAUUCCAUACAACUCUUUUACUCCACCUGAGUUUGAAAUUCACCUACCUUUGAACUAUCGUUUGAGGAAGACAUUUGUCACAUGAUCAGAAAACAUCAAGCAAUUUCUAUAGCGAGAGAGGAUUUUAUUGUAAUUAUUUCAAUUUCCACUUCCCCUAGUCAGAAAUCCCGGUAUUUGUAUUACAACAACUUAAAUAAAAGUUUUAAACUGUAUCUGUAUGAUUAUUGUCAUCAUUAAAAACACAUAUAGUUGUUGUUAUUUAUAUCUAAGCAUUUAUGAAUGUAUAUUAUUGAAUAAAAGAAGUAAAACAAGAAAAAAUCCACAUAAAGAAAUACUGAGUUGAGUUACAUUGAAAUUAAAUGGCAACAUAAAGCAAAUAAAUUACAAUUUAAAUAAAGCAAAGAAAAAGUAAUAUACAUACAAUACAAUUUACUGAAUAUUUAAGAAAAUAAAGAGACAAAACGAGAAAAUCCGAAAAUACCACGAAGUGAGUUAUCUGAGUAAAGAGGAAAUAGAAAAAAAAAAACAUAUGAAUGAGAAGUGAAACAAUGACGAGUAGCAACCAUAUUUCGUUUAAAUUAAAAAGACAUUAUACUAUUGCUAUUGAUUCCCAAUGUAGAUAUACACGUUUUGAACGCAAGUGUAUAUAUAAAUAUAUAUAUUUAUUGAAAACAUGUAUGGACAAAAAUUGACGAAGUAAGAAACAUGAAAAAUGAUGUUAAAAUAAACAUGAAAAAUUACAAUAAAACCCAUCAAACUG